AUGGAUUAAAUAUUGAUAUCUGGAGUAGCUGGGGGAUCUGCUGGAAUUUUUACAGACUUUCUUUUCUUUCCUGUAGAAACUAUUAGAACAAGAAUUCAAGCAUCAAACAUCAAAAUUGAUUAUUAUAAAUCAGCAGCCAGGAUUAAUAAAUAUAGAGGAGUAUUAUUUUUUUAAUAGUUAAAGCUGCUUGCCCAAUUGACAGUCUCUUUUCCAUCCGCUUUUUUAUUUUUCUCGACUUAUGAUACAGCAAAAAAAAACGGAUGUUCACAUAUAGUUGCAGCUGGUUUAGGUGAGUUUGCUGUCGACUUUUUUCGAAACCCAUUUGAAGUAGUGAAAAAUUAGAUGUAAGUUGGAUUAGAUCCAAAUAUUAGAAAUACUAUAAGAUCUAUAUAUUAAAUUUAAGGAUUUCGAGGUUUUUAUGCUGGGUUUCCUACUUUCAUUAUGAGAGAAAUUCCUUUUAGCGCAAUAUAAUUUCCGUUGUAUGAAAAAAUGAAAACUCAUUUUGGUAAUGAUGGUGUUGUGGAUCAUGCUCUAAAUGGGGCUGUUGCAGGGGGAACCGCGGCAUUUUUAACUACACCUUGUGAUGUCGUGAAAGCUAAAUUAAUGACUCAGAGAAACUAAUUCUAUGAUUCAAUUAGUGAAUGCAUAAAGAUCAUUUAUGAAACAGAAGGAAUUUUAGGGUUUUUCAGAGCAGUUCAUAUCAGAACUAUGCAGAUAUCAACUUCUGGAAUUGUUUUUUUCAGCGCUUAUGAAAGAUGCAAAUUUCAUAUUUUAGCAUAUAAUGAUAAAUCAUGA